AGUUAAUGAGCAACAAAUAUUAAUAAGCAAAAGAUUACCUGACUGCAUGUUUUUAAUGUAAAGGAUUUGAACCUUUUUUUAUUGUUACUAAAACAUCUCUUUUACGUAUUUUAGACAAUAUGGCUUAAACAUAAUUUGAUAGAGAAUUGGCAGAUGAGUUACUUGAACGUUGUCCAAAAAAUUACAAAGGGCUGGUUAAGAUUGAAGAUUUUAUUGAAAUAAUAAUAAAGGCAGACAUUGUAUUGAAUGAAAAAAUCAAUAAAGCAAAUGAAUUUAUAGUGAAUCAAACGGAAGAGUUGGCAAAAUUAACAAAUAAGAAUCGAUCUUAAAUUUUAUAGAUAAGAGUGAUAGGAGCUAAGAAUUUACAUUAAGGAUUGAUAAAUGCAACAAAUAAACCUUAUGUAGUUGUUCAUUUCAAUUAAGAGAAAAAGAGUUCUUGUUUAGCACAUAAUGAUAUUCUUAAUCCAAUUUGGGAUGAAACAUUUGUAUUGUAAGAAAUGUUUAAUAAAUUAUUAGUCCAAUAAAGACUGGAAAUGAAUAAAGUUAUAUAUCAAUAUUGACUUUGAAUAGUGUAAACAAUAAAAGCAGUUUAAUAGGGGAAGUUCAUUUUGGUUUAAGAGAAUUAGAAGAUUAAAUGAAACAUAAUUAAUGGUUCAACAUUUAUGAUCGUCAUGGUUAACUGAGUAGUGGUAGUUUAUAAUUAGAAUUGUAAUUAUUACUUGAUGAAGUAUUAUAUUAAGGAAUAUAAUAUAGUAAAUGUUAUAUGAAUAAGCUUAAGAAGUAAUGAAAUAACAAAUAUUGAAUUAAUAAGAUGAGAAGAAUUAAUAUGAGAGUGAUUUAAAGAAUCUUUAUGCACCUUUUUAGAAUGGAGUAUUGCAACCAAAAAGACUAAUAGUUCCAGAUGCUCCUUAAUUAAUGUUUGUUCAUGAAUUCUCAAAACCUAUUGUUUAUUAAGGUGAUAAAAAGAUUGAUUUGACAAUUUAUAAGACUCCUUAAUUGAGUGAUAGUAGAGUCUUAUAAAUAUUGAACCAACCUCCUGAAAGUGUUACUACAGUACAUCCAGAUAUUGAUUAUCCAGCAAGACAUGAUCUUAAAUAAAAAGCAAACUAUGGGUAUGAUCAUAUCACUAAAGAUAUGAAAAUAACAGCCAUUUUUAUUUUAUUAUAUUUAUUUAGUAGUAUCUAUUUAUGUUGGGUUAAAACUGAUUUUGUAAAUAUUACUAUUGCUUUGUGUACUUCUUUAAUUGUAGGCCUUAAUUAUUUUGAGAAGAAUCAUUUGAAUAUAUUUGCUAUUCUCAUUAUUUUGACAUUAUUGUAUGAUGUAUCUUGGCUAGCUGCAUAUUCUGGAGUAAUUUAUUAUUAUUUAUUAUUAUUAUAGGUUUGGUGGAAUCAAAAUAAAAAAUAAAAUCCACAAUAAGAAUCAGAACUCAUUAUAGCUUAGAGAAUAACAAUUAUUGUUAGCUAUUUCGUAAUUGUCUUCAAAAUUGCUUUGUCAUGUUAAUUAUGGAAUUUGAAAAAGAACAUAGAACCAUUGAAUAAUCAUAAAUAAUUUGGAAUUGGAACUCAUUUAUAUUAAGCUAAUGGAGGACACAUAAAUCCAUUUAUUUAAUGA